AACGCUUGUUGGUGAUGGUAGUUUGGAGCGUUCGCUGUCUAUUAUCUAGUAAAGUCAGUAACUUCUUGACAAUCGAAUUUAAAGUUAAAAAUUGUGACAGUUAAAAAUGACGGCAAACGUUCACUCCUAAAUGGUUUGUCGCGUUUAACUAACAUUAUUUUUGUUUUUGUUUUUCGCUUUUCAUCGGUGGUUAAAACAAGUAAAAUAGCGCGCAAACAAAGCUCAAGACCGUACGCCACAUUAAAUGUUGGACAAAUGGUGGUUGUUUAGCGCUAAAGAAUGUCAAGAGUCAAGCGCCGGUGUGUUUGUGUGGCGUUUGAAAUUGUUUUAAAGCCAAAUGUGCAAUACAUUAACGAAAAGCAAUGGGAUUAGAGAGAAUAAAUUAAUUUAAUGCAGUGGAACAUUGCUUUAGCAGUACAAAGUAAAUAAAAAUGGUGGUCCAAGUACAAGCCAAGUGCGUAGAAAAUGCAUAAAAACGUAUUCGAAAUGAGUUUUAGUGUAGUUAAUUAGUGAAUUCAAAUUUAUUUAGCGAAGACUUGAAUUUUUAUGCAACGAAUUUAGCGCGAUUCCCAUUUAAUAGAUUCCUGUGUAUUAUAGGUGUAAUCGCAACAACUAAUAUUUACUAGCUUGUUGUCAAGUUAACGUGUAAAAAAAAGAAAAUAAACACUUAAAGAGAACCUAGCAAACAAGUGUUUUCAUGGGCUACCAACAACUGCCAUUUUCUUAUUUGCGUGCAUAUGAAAAGCUGUUGAAGUCACACAACAAAGAGACAAACGCACAUGCACAGAUCUAUAUAAGCUUCGAAACAAUCAAAUAAAAGCAUAUGAAAAGAAGUGUAAAUAACACAAGUGCAAAAGGGAAUAUUUAAUAAAUUAUUCAACAACAGCAAAAUUACAAAAGUAAAUAAAUGCAAUAUUUUUAUAAAAUGAAAAUAGGGCCAAACAACAACGACACAAGUCAUAACCAGAUACAACAAAAACAGUAGCAAACGAAAACGGCACCCACAUCGUCCGUAACGAAUUGAAUUUGGGCGAAAAACACGUUUACCUUCACCUCGCACCAGCGCACCCCGCUGACGUACAAACAAACAAAUUUAUAAGCCACACUACUACGGCCACUCAGCACAAUAUAUUCAUAAAAGCACACAUUUCCCCACAGCUCUCCAUCUCCGCUCAUGUCAUCACCGCCGGGCGCCUUAAGUCAACCCGCUGUUAAUAUUCUGGCCCAUUCGCUGCAUAAUAGUCAACUCAACUCAACAAAUUAACUUGGCUCUAAGCGGGGAAUAGUGCACGGCGUGCUCUCGCUUGAUUUGCGUUCAAGCUAACCAGCCAUCGCAUACCAAUACAAGUUAGAUAGUGUUUGUUUGUGUAUUUUACCUUUACGCCGCAGCUCAAUUCUGUUACUCUGUGUUUCAUAUUGAAGUUUUCGUGGUUUUAACACCUUAGCGCGAGCUUGCACACAUGUGUGAGUGUAGUGUGCCUGGUUCACAUGCACUGGUGUAAAUGUGUUUAUGUUAACAGUCUUUUUUAUACGCAUACGUAUACAUGCAUGUGCAUAUUUGUAUGUAUGUGAGCACAUACUUGUACAUUUAGACCGUGUGUUUAUUGUAAGUGUGGUGGUAGUAAACUCAAAUUUGCAUAUACACACGUGUAUGUAUGUGCGUUGAAGUCCAAAUACUGUAAAAUAUAUACUGUAUCGUUGUUGUUGCUGCACAGCUGGUGUCCGGUACCAAGUAUUCUCAAGUUUGCUGAAUAAAUUAUACGAAACACGUACAGAUAUUAAAAUACGCACAAAAUGGGUGACUGCUGCCAAUCAUGUAUGUCCCGCAUCCCUUAUGCCACAUUAAUAGCGACACUUAUGUGUCUGCUUGGCGUUGGCAUAUUCUGUGGCACAAUGUAUCGAGGCGCCUCGUUGACGGUGAUUAUGAUGGAUCAAGUGUUUCAUUUGCAUCUAAUUUGGAUUGAAGCGAUUCAAAUGAUUUUUGUCAUAAUUGCUGCGGGAAUGGCAGCGCUUGGCUUUAUGAUACUCUUCGUUGGUUUCCUCGCAACUGGAGCGACACGAUACAAGGUCUAUCGCGCGUGGCGUUCACGAGUGGGUGGGCGCAUCUCGUGUGCAGUGUUUAUGGGCAUCACAUAUUUGCUGAACUUCGUUUGGAUAUUAAUUCUAUGCUUCUUAGUCAUUGUCACUUUUAUCUAUACGAUGUUCUGGAACAUGUGCUCCAGCGUGGAACGUUCGCUGAGUUGUAUUGAUUUAACACAGUUUCAUUUCAUGUUCCCGCCCAAUACCAAACAGGAGGAUAUGAAAAUUUGCGAUAAAUAUGAGAUUAAAGCUUUCUGUAAGGAUGGCGUCGAAAAUGCCGAAGUUAUGUUCAUACUCGCCACAUUGGCUGCACUGCUUGUCAUAUUGAGUUUGGUUCACUAUCUCAUGUGUUUGGCAGCCAAUUAUGCGCACAUACGAGAUCAUGAGAAAUUCCAGGAACUGCAGGAAAUACAAAAUCUAAAUGAGCUGGAGUAUAGCGCAACAUCAAAGGAUCGCUUCUAGGACAUAUUUCAGAAGAUUCAUUUUGAGCUGAAGGAGAAGUGAGCGACAGAUAAAACGAAAAACCAACAAACAGGCACACACCAACACAAACAAACAACAUAUACACUUCAAAAUAAAAAAUUAAUUAAAACAAAGAACUGAUUAAAGCUAACAAAACAAUGAAUACUAUAGAGAAUGAAACUUUAUUCAGAACUCGAGAAGCUGAAAUGAAAAUGAAAUUAUAUGCCGAAAAUAAAAGAAUGGCUUGCGUAAAUAAUGAAUUUUCAAAAAAAAAAAAUAUGGCAAGCUAUACAGUUUGCGUGCACUUACUCCUGAAUACAUAAAUGAAGUAAGAAAUUGUACGCAUUGAUUCUCGUACAAAUCACGAACACAAACUUGUUGAAAUGUAUAUUAUUUUGUUUAUAUAAGUUGAUUAAUUUAAGAUUUUGAAAACAUGAAGUUCAUAUUUUUAGUUUUAAUUAAAAUUUCUUUAUUAUUAUUACGUAGUAGUAGGCGCACCCACAUACAUAGUUUCUUCUUACAAUCUCAAUAUUGGAAAUAUAUAGUUGAAUUUUACUUUAUUUUUCAGAAGUGGGUAUUUUUUUUUUUAAAUCAUAAACUAAUAUUUUCAUAUAUUUUUUCUAAGUGCAUCUUUGGCAUGCAAAUAAUAAUUUAUAAUUUUUUUUAUAUUUUUUUGCUACCUUUCACUCUAUUUGCUUCUAUUAGAAUAGAUUAGAUUUGUGGGGGGUUGGACAAGUCCAAGCACUCAGUCAGGAGACCAUUGUACUACACCCGGAUAGAAUUCAAUAGAAAGAAUAGUGAUAGGAAAGAUAAAAAGUGGGUGGUAAGGCGGAUAAAUUAAUUUGAGGUCACUCUUCCACAAAUCUCUUAGAUUCAUUGAUAAAUCUUAAGAGAUCCGGAAGAGGAAGAGUAUGAACUUUAUCCAUACUCAGUAUAUCGCAACUCAAUAUCCUAAGUCUGAUUCUGGAAAACCCCGGACAGCUACAGGGAAAAUGCCCUGCAGUGUCUUCAUCCUCAAGACAGGAAAGGCAUAUCGGGCUGUCGACGACUCCCAUGGCAGCCAUAUGCUGACAACAGGCGUUGAGCCCUGUGAUUACACCCACCAGUACUCUCAGGUCUUUUCUGCUGAGUUUUAAGAAAAAGGUCGCUGUUUUCCUGUUUGGUUCUUUCACAAAGCACUUGGCUACUCUGCACGAGUUCAAUCCAGACCAACGUCCUCCAUGGAUAGACCUCAUGAAGUCGUCAAUCCAUAGUUGAAUCGAUGCAGAAUAGACACCUAGAUGGGGUUCAGGGCCUAGUGGCAUACUUACAGAGCCUUCAUUAGCCAGUUUAUCAGCUAACUCCCUGUAAUACCACAACAUCCAGGCACCCAAAUAAGACUAACUUUGUUUUGUUUUGCAACACUGUUCAGUUUUGUCCUACAUUCACUGACUAAUUUCGAAGAGCAGCGUGGGUUAUCAAGGGCUUUCAGUGCACCUUGACUGUCACUACAACUUACUAUACUUACACUGCCUCUGCUUACUAUACAUUUUUUUCUCUAUUUGUAAACUUAAAUUUGUUUUUUAAUACUUCGUCUGUAAAAGCCAAUAGUUUCCUAUUUGAAAUUUUAUGGGAGUAUCAUGAAUUGAAUUUCAAAUGGUCGCGAACUAGUUUUGAGAAAGCUAUUUUCGUUGGGCGCCGUAGCCUUAGCCGAAUGGGUUGGUGCGUAACUACCAUUCGGGAGUGCGUAUGUUCGAAUCUCUGUGCAUGAAACAGGAAAAUGAUAGCAAAAUUUAUUUACUAAUAGCAGUAACCGAGUGGGUUCGUACUCGAAACUCAUUGUGUACAUAAAAAAGCAAAGUACAGAAAAACAUUUUUCUAAUAGCAGACGCAGGCAAUGUGAGAUCUCCAAGUUUUUUAUUACAUGAAAAAUCUCCUCAUAAAAACCAUUAGCCGUUCGGAGUCAGCUUAAGAGUAUAGGCCUCUCCAUUUGUGGAACAACAUCAAGAUGCACACCACAAAUAUGAGGAGGAGCUUGGCCAAACACGUAAGAGAAGUGUUCGCGAAAAUUAUUUAUUUUACUUUUUUUUAUUAUGAGUUGAAUUUUCAACCAUUGCAGAUUAUACUUUAUAUAUAAAAGCUUUUUUAUUAAAUUUUAUUAUUGCAGUUUCAUUAUAAUUUUCAUUAUUAAUUAACGCUUUACUAGUUUUAAUUUACAUGCGUGGCUCAUUUAUAGUUUUAAAACUUUACAAAUUCUUUAUAUAUAAAAUUUUUGCAAAUGUAAUGCAUAAUUUUAGAAACGUUUAAUUUUGUAUUUACUUAAAUUUAUUGAUUUAAUGAAUGUGUUCACUGAAAUGAUAUUUCAUUUAAAACUGUAUUAAGUUGCAUAUCUGUGUACUUUUGAAAAACUACAAGUUGUAACGACUUAACACUUUCCACCCACUAAGCACCAAACUGCAUGGUGCUAACUAAUAGAAUAUUUAAACUAUCAAUCAUUAAUAGUUACAGUUUAGAGAAUAUUUGUCAAUUUUUUUAUUAAAAAUAUUUCAUUUUUCUCCUCAAAAAUGUUCCUCACAAAAAAACCGUCUGCCAUUCGGAGUCGGCGUAAAACUGUACGGCUCUUUGUGGAAAAACAUCAAAGCGCAGACCACAAAUAGGAGGAGGAGCUCGGUCAAACACCGGAAUAAAGGGUGUAAGCGCCAACUAAUGAUUUAAUUUUUCUGUGAAAGUUUAUGAUUUAUUGAUCUAAAAGCAAAAUCACUAAGUAGUUCUGUCAAAAGUUUACAGCUACACUAAACUAAAUAACAUUUAAUUUAAUUUUUAAACCUUAGUUUAAGAGAAUUUAUUUGUGCAUAUAAAUCCACAAAAACGCCAAGAAUUAGCAGACAUAUCAGUUUGAUUUUUUCACUUUAACAUUCCAUGAGCAACAACAAACAGAAAGUAACUCACUCGUAAGAACUUCAUUGUUGUUGCUGGCAUACGUUUGCAUCACUCCUAGUUUUAUUUAGUUUUUAACUCAUUCAACAUUUUGUUGUUAAUUAACUAUUGUAUAAAUUAAACAAUAUUUUUACUAUAUUAAUUUACUUGUAUUUGUAUUUUUAUUUGAUUUUUUACUUUCCUCAUAUACAGUUUUCAGCACUUUGUAUUUAAUAAAAAUAAAAACAAAAAUUCAACAACGAAAGAAAAUCACACUUUUUCAUGCAUAAAUUGGUCAAAUAAAAUAGAUUUUUUCAAAAAAAAAAAUAAAGGGUCUUUCGAAAGUAACGCCUGGAUGUCAGUAGUGAAUAAUUCUUGGGCGAUACAUUUUUUUAUGUUAUCUUUGACAUUUGUCAAGUACGCAUAUGUACAAUUUUACGCGAUAAAACAAUCGGCUAAAUUUUAAAAACUUAAUGUGAAUUAUUUAUUACUCUUUUAUUAUGAAAAUGGGCGCAAAUUCUUUUUUUUUUUGUGGAAAUAAUCGUCCGAAUGGGUCGACAAUUCAAAGGUUGGUGAAAAAAAUUCAAGAAGCUGGUUCUGUCCGGGAUAGCAAAAGGACUGGCAAGCCAGGAACUGUACGAUCCGCUGAGAGUAUUGCUGUUGUAGCGCAAAGUGUUGCUGAACAACCUACACCAACAACAUCGAUAU